AGUGCUUACCUGUGUUGCACGAGAACACCACAACCCAACACUGCUGGAUGCAGUUGUGUAAUACCAGCCCAGAAUGUGCUCAAUUCUGCUCAAUUUUCAGAACGCCCUAUUGAACCCUAGAGCGUUGUGUUUAUCGAUCUGAAUGACAUGGCAAGCACUUUGCCGGAGCUUGAAGGUUGAAGGGGGGAGGUAAUUUAGAGGUGAUAUUCAACGCUCAUACGCGAUCCCUCUACUACAUUAUAAGAGGUCGACGCGUCCCCAAGUAUAAAUCAAACAGCAGCAGGUGCAGAGCUCCAUGUUUACACCUUCUCUUCAUUGCCUUCACCCUUGCAUUAGUCAUAAGAGAGACUUACCUGCAGAUGAACCCAAAAGAUCCUUCCGAUUAUAAGAACGCUCUCAUGUUACCACAAGCGUGUCCUUGAACACCUCCUAUACUCUAUCUCCACACUCUGCAACAAUAAUCAUGCGUGUCUCACGCUUAACACCGCUACUCGCCGUCCUCCCGACAGCCUUCGCAGCACCAAAACAGCCCGAUAUCAGCAACACCACCACGCUCCCCACCCACUUCGGCCUCCUCGUCUUCCCCCACUUCCAAGCUCUCGAUGUCUUCGGCCCCAUGGACGUUCUCAACACCCUCAACAUGCUCUACAGCAGUACUACAACUAUGCGUCUUUCUAUUCUCAGCAAAUCGCUAGACCCUGUCUCCACCGCUAUGACGGGUAUGCAGGGCCAGGGUGGUUUUGGUGAGAGUAUCGUGCCGACUAUCACGUUUGAAGACUACUUAGCGAGAGGUGAGAAGAAUGAGGAUGAGGACUGUGAGGAUGGCACCGUUGCGAAGCGGAAGAGCCCCAGUCAUGACCGCGGAUACAUGACGAACGGAACCACUGAAGUGGACAAGGGCGAUAUCGAAGUCUUGAUCGUCCCUGGUGGAGGCGGCACCCGGCAGAAUAUGACCGAGGAUAUCGCAUUCGUCAAGGAGCUGUACCCAAAGUUGAGAUACAUCAUCUCCGUCUGCACCGGGGCUUCAAUUCUCGCCCGUGCCGGUAUCCUCGACGGCCGCAAAGCAACGACCAACAAGCGAUCGUGGUCAUGGGUAAUCUCCACAGGCCCAAAUGUGACCUGGAUUCCAACAGCGCGUUGGGUCGAGGACGGCAACAUCUUCUCUUCCAGCGGCAUCUCGGCGGGAAUUGACGUCACGUACGCGUGGGUUGGGCGCGUCUACGGCGACGAGGUGGCCGAGUAUCUCAGCUUGAUUUCCGAGUACGACCGUGAAAUCGACGCGAAUCAUGAUCCGUAUGGGAAGAUUUGGGAUGUACCUGGUGCUACGUGAAGAAAGGAGGAAUUAUGCGAAGAUGAGCAAACUAUUAAAGGAUGUUUCUUUGCUUACUGUGGUAUAUAAAGAUACACAGCACGAGCAAGUCCUGACUUUCCGAAAGCAGC